CACAGGUAGCCACAGCGGCCCCAACUUCAGCGGCUGGAGCUCUCGCCGUGUCCAGCCCGCGGGGAAGUUACCGAGACGUUUGGUUUGAGAUUUUCCUUUGUUAUUAUUUGUUUUUUUCGGUUCCUCAUUUUCUCCCCCGCUGUCCGGGAACUUUCGACAUCGUCCUGCCAGACACGGAGCCAGCUCCUCUGCGAACAAAGCCGGUCUGACGGCAGCGAGAGGGGACUGGCGGGAAGCAGCCUGAAGCGCUUCGCCUCCGCAGGCGACUGCCGCGACCCGAGUCCUGUCAGCGGCGUCCCGCCGCCGCGAGCCCGCGCCGCCUCGCCCUCUAGCGGGGGGAGAGCGGCGGCGCCGGCGGCUGGGCGUGACUUUCCGCUCUCCCUUUAGCCUGCCUGCCUGCCGGGGGGGACCGCGAGUCAGUCCGGGAGCCGAGCUAAACCGGGACUAACGGCGGCGCCGGGCAAGGAGGCUCCGGGAUUAAGGGUGGCCCCCCCGGGCACCGGGGGAGGCGAGCGGCGCGGAAGGCGUGGGGCGUCCGCGCGGCGAGGCGGUGCGUCUCCCGGGGCGAGGGCAGCGGCGCGGCCGGAGGAAGGCAGGCAGCCCCCGGCCACUUUGCACCCCUCUCUCCCUGCCCUUAAAAGCGAAGGAGGGGAGAAGAGUGUGUAGGGCACCAAGUGGGGGAGUCCUCUCGUCGCCUGCCCCACCGUCUGGAGGGGGGCGAAAGGGGCGCCUCCUACUUUGGCAAACACUUUGGCACACACUUUGGCACUUUGCUGGAACCGGAGAAGGAGGAGGUGGAAAUAUGGGGAAAGUUGGAACUUGCCUGGUUACUUUGGCCGGACUUUUGCUGGCGGCGGGAGCGCAGACGUUCACAGGGUGCUGUACUUUUGAUGAGCCUCUCAGUUCCUGUGGCUAUAGUCAGUCAGAAGAUGAUGAUCUUAACUGGGAUCAGGUGAACGCACCGAUAAAGCCUGCCUCAGGUCAAGGGAUGCCAUCUGGUUCUUUCAUGUUGGUGAAUACAUCUGGGAGAUUUGCGGGACAGAAAGCUCACCUCCUGCUACCCCAUCUGAAAGAAAACGAUACGCAUUGUAUUGAUUUCCACUAUUAUGUUUCGAGCAAGAGUGGAUCUAGCCCUGGCACCUUGAAUAUAUACGUGAAAGUUAAUGAUGGACCUAUUGGUAACCCAGUCUGGAACACAUCUAUGACUACUACUUGGAAAAGAGCAGAACUGGCAAUUAGCACUUUCUGGCCCAAUUUUUACCAGGUUGUUUUUGAAGUGAUUACUUCAGGUCACUCAGGAUACGUGGCUAUUGAUGAAGUAAAAGUUUUAGGACAUCCAUGUACAAAAACUCCCCAUUUCUUGCGUCUUCAGAGUGUGGAAGUCAAUGCAGGACAAUUUGCUACUUUUCAGUGCACUGCCAAUGGUGGAACAGACUCAAGUGACAGACUCUGGUUACAGGGUAUUUAUGUAAGGGAUGCACCUUUGAAGGACAUAAAAGUGUUCAACUUUCGCCGAUUUGUAGCUCUGUUUAGCGUGGUAAAUGCCACAAAGCAGGAUGCUGGCAACUAUCGCUGCAUGAUUCGGACAGAAGGAGGAGUUGGUGUAUCAAACUAUGCAGAACUGAUUGUCAAAGAGCCACCAGUUCCCAUCGCUCCACCUCAGCUGUCCUCAGUCGGCGCAACUUACUUGUGGAUACAGUUGAAUGCCAAUUCCAUCAAUGGCGAUGGACCCAUUAUUCAAAGGGAAGUUGAAUAUCGAACUUCAAGUGGAAGCUGGUAUGACAUACAACCUGUGGACUCCACAAGCUAUAAGAUUGGUCACCUAGAUCCUGACACAGAAUAUGAAAUCAGUGUAUUACUUACAAGACCAGGUGAAGGAGGAACCGGAUCUCCUGGCCCAGCUCUCAAAACAAGAACAAAAUGUGCUGAUCCAAUGCGUGGGCCUCGAAAACUAGAGGUUGUGGAGAUUAAAUCUAGACAAAUCACUAUUUGCUGGGAACCGUUUGGAUAUAAUGUCACACGUUGCCACCGAUACAACCUCACAGUCCAUUACCGUUACCAGGCUGGAGGACAAGAGCAAGUGAGAGAAGAAGUAAGCUGGGAUACAGAAAGUUCCCAUCCUCAGCACACAAUUACUAAUCUGUCACCAUACACAAAUGUCAGCAUCAAAUUAGUGCUAAUGAAUCCCGAAGGACGAAAAGAAAGCCAAGAACUUGUAGUACAAACUGAUGAGGAUGUCCCGAGUGCGGUGCCACUUGAAUCCAUUCAAGGGAGUACCUUUGAAGAGAAGAUUUUUCUUCAAUGGAGAGAGCCCGCACAAACAUAUGGUGUGAUUACUUUGUACGAGAUCACCUACAAAGCAGUCAGUUCCUUUGACCCAGAAAUAGAUUUAUCCAAUCAAAGUGGACGGGUCUCAAAGCUGGGAAACGAAACACACUAUCUCUUUUUUGGACUGUAUCCUGGCACUACCUACUCUUUUACCAUUAGAGCCAGCACAGCUAAAGGCUUUGGACCACCAAUCACAAAUCAGUUCACCACUAAAAUAUCAGCACCCUCUAUGCCACCAUACGAACUUGAAACACCGUUGAAUCAAACUGACAGCACUGUGACAGUCUUGCUGAAACCUGCACAGAGCAGAGGCGCUCCUGUCAGUGUCUAUCAAAUAGUUGUUGAAGAAGAACGCCCACGAAGGACCAAAAAGACAACUGAAAUCCUGAAGUGUUACCCAGUGCCCAUUCAUUUCCAGAAUGCCUCACUUUUAAAUUCCCGGUAUUACUUUGCUGCAGAGUUUCCAGCCAAUGGUUUACAGGCUGCUCAGCCUUUCACUAUCGGUGAUAACAAAACCUACAGUGGUUUCUGGAACACUCCUCUUCUUCCUCAUAAGAGCUACAGCAUCUAUUUCCAAGCUGCUAGCAGAGCCAAUGGGGAAACCAAAAUUGACUGCGUCAGAGUAGCCACAAAAGGGGCUGCCACUCGAAAACCAGACCCAGAGCCUGAGAAACAGACUGACCAUACUGUUAAAAUUGCUGGAGUCAUUGCAGGCAUUUUGCUGUUCGUCAUUCUAUUUCUGGGGAUCGUGCUGGUAAUGAAGAAAAGAAGAAGCUAUCACUCCUACACUUACUACCUAAAAUUGGCUAAAAAGCGGAAAGAGACAUUGAGUAGUACACGGCAGGAAAUGACAGUGAUGGUGAAUUCAAUGGAUAAAAGCUACACAGAGCAAGGCACCAACUGUGACGAAGCUUUCUCUUUCAUGGACACGCACAAUCUAAAUGGGAGAUCUGUGUCUUCACCAUCUUCAUUUACAAUGAAAACUAACACAUUGAGCACAACAGUGCCUAAUUCUUAUUACCCAGAUCCAUUUGUGCCAACUGCAAUUUUAGAUGAAACUCAUACGAUGGCCAGUGACACAAGCAGCUUGGUCCAAUCCCAUACGUACAAGAAGCGAGAUCCAGUGGAUGUGCCCUACCAGACUGGACAGCUUCAUCCAGCCAUCCGGGUAGCUGACUUGCUGCAGCACAUCACCCAGAUGAAGUGUGCAGAAGGCUAUGGAUUCAAAGAGGAGUAUGAAAGUUUCUUUGAAGGACAGUCUGCACCAUGGGAUUCAGCUAAGAAAGAUGAGAACAGAAUGAAAAACAGAUAUGGGAAUAUCAUUGCAUAUGAUCAUUCUCGAGUGAGAUUGCAGCCCAUUGAAGGAGAAACAAGUUCCGAUUACAUCAAUGGAAAUUAUAUUGAUGGUUAUCAUAGACCAAAUCACUACAUUGCUACACAAGGACCAAUGCAGGAGACGAUAUAUGACUUUUGGAGAAUGGUAUGGCAUGAAAACACAGCCAGCAUAAUCAUGGUUACUAAUCUCGUAGAAGUGGGAAGGGUCAAAUGCUGCAAAUACUGGCCAGAUGACACAGAAAUAUAUAAAGACAUUAAAGUCACCCUAAUAGAAACAGAGCUCCUGGCUGAAUAUGUGAUUCGAACGUUUGCAGUAGAAAAGAGAGGCGCUCAUGAGAUCCGAGAAAUCCGUCAGUUUCACUUCACUGGCUGGCCAGACCAUGGUGUGCCAUAUCAUGCAACGGGCCUGCUGGGAUUUGUACGGCAGGUCAAAUCCAAGAGCCCACCAAAUGCUGGCCCUCUGGUUGUUCACUGUAGUGCUGGUGCUGGCAGAACUGGAUGCUUCAUUGUUAUUGACAUCAUGCUAGAUAUGGCAGAAAGAGAAGGUGUGGUAGACAUAUACAAUUGUGUGAGAGAGCUUCGAUCUCGGAGAGUUAACAUGGUGCAGACUGAGGAACAGUAUGUAUUCAUCCAUGAUGCUAUCCUGGAAGCCUGUCUUUGUGGGGACACAUCUAUUCCAGCUUCUCAAGUUAGAUCUGUUUACUAUGAAAUGAAUAAACUGGAUCCUCAGACUAACUCCAGCCAGAUCAAAGAGGAGUUCAGGACUUUAAAUAUGGUGACUCCGACACUGCGUGUAGAAGACUGCAGCAUAGCACUUCUACCACGAAACCAUGAAAAAAAUCGCUGUAUGGAUGUUUUGCCUCCAGACAGAUGCCUGCCUUUCCUCAUAACGAUAGAUGGGGAGAGCAGUAACUACAUUAAUGCUGCACUGAUGGAUAGCUACAAGCAACCAUCAGCUUUUAUAGUUACGCAGCAUCCUUUACCAAAUACUGUCAAAGAUUUCUGGAGAUUGGUCCUAGAUUAUCACUGCACUUCAAUAGUUAUGCUGAAUGAUGUGGAUCCUGCACAACUGUGUCCUCAGUACUGGCCUGAAAAUGGAGUACACCGGCAUGGUCCUAUUCAAGUGGAGUUUGUGUCAGCCGAUUUAGAGGAAGACAUAAUCAGCCGGAUAUUCCGAAUUUAUAAUGCUGCCAGACCCCAAGACGGCUAUCGGAUGGUGCAGCAGUUCCAGUUCCUGGGGUGGCCCAUGUACAGAGACACUCCAGUUUCUAAACGCUCCUUCUUGAAGCUCAUCCGCCAAGUGGAUAAGUGGCAGGAAGAAUAUAACGGGGGAGAGGGACGCACAGUUGUACAUUGCUUGAAUGGAGGUGGCCGCAGUGGGACAUUUUGUGCAAUCAGUAUUGUUUCUGAAAUGCUUCGACAUCAGAGAGCUGUUGAUGUAUUCCAUGCUGUGAAGACACUGAGGAAUAAUAAGCCUAACAUGGUGGACCUUCUGGAUCAAUACAAAUUCUGCUAUGAAGUGGCUUUGGAAUACUUGAAUUCUGGCUGAUUGCACAAACAGCAUAGACAAAGUUCCUCCUUUCACCACCACAAACAAAGCAAGUCGCUUGAUACUAUCUGUGUAAAUGAGAUGAAGACUUCUCAGUGUUAUGCUUAUACUGCUUUGUAUGAUUGGCUCUUUUUAAGAGCCCGAAAAGAUGUUUAUAAAACCGCUUGCACUGCCCGUUUUCCACUAUAAUGCCGCUGCUUGACACCCAUAUGAACGUACACCAAACCACAUGGCAGUUGUUUGAACACUGUAUUCGUACAUAGCCAUUGAUGUGGUGAAGCAGCAUAGUCCUCUGGUAAAUAAGAGAGCACAAUUAUAUUCUUAUGAAGGAAUUUGUACUUUUCUGUUUUACUUUGUUGCCUGUGGUUCUCAGUUAUUGUCACAGCCUAGUGUACAUUUCUGUUCUGUGGAGAAUGCUGUCUGGCAUUUUGAUAAUAUAUGAUUUUAGUUAUAUUUGUAUUCUAACACGUGCAUAAUAAAUGAAUCAUAUGUAGCUUAUCUGAACUAAUGGAAAGACAUGUACCAAAUCAUGUUAACUUUGUUGAGUUGUAAUUUCUACCCACUUUGUACCAUUUCAGAGAGAGAAUCUUGAUCGAAAUGCAGUUAGAAAAUGCAAAAUACAGGAUGCUCAGAUUAAUAUAUCCAAAGCUUUUUCAUGUGUUUAUAUUGUAAAUAUUUUUGAUUUCAUCAAAUUAUUUAUUCAUUAAAAUGAAUUUUUUUGUGAAGCACAGUGAGUGACAAUCAUUUUUAUUAAGCCCUGGAAAUGCUUACUGUAUGAUAGUGUAAACAUUUGUUUACCUUGUAUGGAUUCUCAGCUCAAUAAAUAAUUACAUACAUGAUAAAA